GUGGACCGAGCACUGCUCACUCCAGGCAGUCUCACUCAGAGAACGCGUUUGAGAUGCCAGCUCUCUACCAGUGGGCACUGCUCACCGCUGUGGCUUCUGUCCUGGAAGUGACAGGCAGCUCGGGGGGCCUCCACAUUCUGCACGUGCUGUGCGACUGCGUCUACAGGGAGCAGCGGACCAUUGUAUCGUGGGAGGAUGCUUACGAUGGUGCCACCAUAAUGUACUACGACCUGGCAAACAAGAGCUUCGUAGCAACACAGCCUUUCGCGCAGGGACAGGCAGACAGACGCAAUUCAAACGGAGACUUUGUUCAGUCCGUCCCUCAGCAGAUUGGCAGCCUGUGUGAGAAAAUUAAGCAAACAGCGAUCUUAACACACGUCAGCCAGCGGCAAAUAGCCCCCACGUCCGUCAGAGCGUUUAUGGAGGAGCGGGCCGGGCAGAGGUCGCUGCUGUGUGAGGUGAGGAAUUUUUUCCCAGCGGAUAUUACUGUGAGCUGGCUGAGAGACGGUGCGGUCGUCGCCGACAGUUCAGAGACGGUGACGGUCGUGCCUCAGAGGGAUCGGACGUACCAGGCCUGGACCCGUCUCACGCUGAGGGGUGACAUGGGCGGUUCGUAUUUCUGCCAGGUGGAGCAUCAGGCCAUCACCGGGAAAGUCCUCAUCCCGCUUGAAAGUGACGCGACCAUCACUAGUGAAACAGCAUUGACCAUCAUUGGGGCAGUCCUGGGCCUCCUGGGAUUGAGCUUCGCACUGGUCGCUGCCAUUCUCUACUGCCGCUUCUUCAACCGUUGUUCCCGAGUGUGUGUCAACCCGACAGCAAAGUUCACCAGCCGUGGAGGAGUUCCAUGUCGCUCCAAUCUGUGCAACAGCAGUGUCCGAUCCAGCAGCUCCGACACUUCCAACACCAGCACCACGUCAGCUGACAAUCUGACCAAAACCCACGCCUGACCUUCCGGUUCUCACAAACGGAUUGGGUGCGGGUGGGGGAGUGGGCAGUGAUGGCAGUAACCUGGGGUUGGGACUCGGGGUGGCCCUGUGUACACACAUCAUCCGUCAGGAUCUCCCCAAACCACCAGCAGAGAGCAAGAAGCGGAGACAGAGGAUGGACGGUUUCACCAGCAGGACUACCGGCCUCAAAUAAAACCUCCGAAUAACCGUG